UUUCCAAAUGUACAGACUGGAAAAUUACCAUCCCAAGGAAUCUCUCUACGGUCACCGGGGCCUGUGUGGAAAUCCCUUGUAAAUUUUCCCAUCCUGCACUGCCCAAUCCUUUGGCAAAGAUUACAUUAACAUGGCUAAAAGUCAAAGAGGAUAGAAUACCAAUGAAUGAUAUCAUCUUUCACUCGGAAAACUCCAGCUACAAUAAAAGAACCUCGCUGAUUGGGAAACUGGCUUUAAAAGACUGCUCAAUAGGGAUAAGAGAUUUAACAAAGGAGGACACGGCAUCCUAUAAGAUAAAGGUAGAGAUUGAAGGUUACAAGAACUACACUUACCCUUCGGCAUUUAACUUGUAUGUAAAAGAAGAACCACUAGUACCUGAUUUGGAGAAGCCCAGUUCCACCAUCAAAGAGGGGGACAAUAUCACAUUUACCUGCCGGAUAAACCAUACAUGCCCCCUUCGGCCUCCAUCUUGGAAAUGGAAUGUUCAUUUUGGAGCAAUCAAGAAUGUGCAAUUGACUCUGGGAGAGGGCAAGUGGCAAAUUGUUUCCAAACUGACAUUCACUGCCAAACGCAAAUACCAAGGACAAUAUAUACACUGCAUGACAAGUUUUAAAGGAGGACUUGUGUCCAAGGUUAUAGAAGCUCAACUAAAGAUAUUCUAUCCUCCUGGAAACACAUCUGUGAUCGUUAAUGAUGAUCCUAUCAGAGAAGGUCAAAACCUCUCCCUGAGCUGCCAUAGCCAGAGUUACCCCAAAGCUGAACAUUAUGCCUGGUAUGGGGUGACUCAAAGUGGCACUGCUCUGAUACUGCCAGAGGAAACCAACACUCUCCCUAUCUGGAGUAUUAGGAGGACCCUUACUUCAUUCUACUGCUCAGCUCAGAACUCUGAAGGCAAGCAGAUAUCACCGGUACAACACCUCAAUGUGCUGUUAAUGGACCUUCUCAUGGGCUACAGGCUUUAG